CAAGAUUUUCCAAUUUAUUUGCAGAGAGCGAACAAAAGCCAAGAAAACUUACGCAUUCCUAAAGUUUUAUCAUAUAAUCAAACCUUAUCAUAACCAUUAACGUUGGAUAAACCACAAUUUCUCUUUCCUAGAAAGCUGAACUUUUUUUUUUGGGUGCAACGACAAAUAUCCCAUUAUAUGAUCCGCUUGAUAAUUUACGAACUGUUAUACUGCAAGAAUUAAACCCCAUUGUGGAGCAAAUAUCAAUACAAACACAAAGCCAAAUUUGCAUCUCCAUCUUGAGAAAUAUUGAUCAGAGCUGAAAUUAUUAUAACCUGUAGCAAAAGAAGCAAUGGCGGUUGAGGUAGGGAAGGCGAACGAAGCAACGAUAAUGCUGACUUCAGGGGCAAGCGGGAGAGUGAGUGCACUGUUCUCAUUGCGCGUGUUGAGGAGUUUAUGGCUGCUGCUCAAUGCAUUCUUGCUUCUAUUUCUGCUGCCAUUUCGUGGGCGGAGGCGAAUGGCGCAAGAGAAGAGCAACGAGAAGGAGGCCGAAAAGGUUAAGAUGGUGGAAAGGAAGGGGACUUUCUUGCGAGUGCCAGCGAAAAUGGUGCCGUGGAAGAGCCUGGUAGAUCAGGAAGUGGCGGCGAGGAGAGCCUUGGCGAUAAGGCGAGUGCUUCAGGAUGAUGAUAAGGAGACGGUGAGGGAAUUUUCAUGUUUUGGUACGUCAAGAGGAGACACCAUGUUCACCCAGUCAUGGACGCCAGCUACCACCAAAGUCAGGGGAUUGGUUUUUAUAUUACAUGGCCUGAAUGAACACAGUGGCAGGUAUAAUGACUUUGCCAAGAAGCUGAAUGCAAGUGGCCUUAAAGUUUAUGGAAUGGAUUGGAUUGGACACGGUGGAAGUGAUGGGUUACAUGCAUACGUUCCUUCACUUGAUGAUGCUGUUAGUGACAUGAAGCAGUUUCUGUCAAAAAUUUUAGCUGAAAAUAGAGGACUUAAAUGUUUUUGCUUUGGACAUUCCACUGGUGCAGCCCUCGUCCUUAAGGCAUCACUUGAUCCGAAAGUGAGUGCAAGGAUAUCUGGUGUUGUACUGACUUCACCUGCUGUGGGAGUACAACCAGCUCAUCCAAUUUUCACUGCACUUGCUCCAGUUGUCUCUUUUCUGAUGCCAAGGUUUCAAUUCAGUGCGGCAAACAAGGAGGGUGUGACAGUAUCUAGGGAUCCAAAUGUUUUAUUGGCCAAAUACUCAGAUCCAUUAGUAUUCACUGGAGCCAUUAGGGUGAGAACUGGUUACGAGAUCCUCCGGAUCACUGCCUACUUGCAACAGAAGCUGAGCAGCUUCACAAUGCCAUUCCUGGUUCUUCAUGGCACAGAUGAUGCAGUAACUGAUCCAGAAGCCUCUAAGAAACUCUAUGCAGAGGCUCUUUCCACCGACAAAAACAUCAAGCUGUACGAUGGGUUACUGCAUGACCUGCUCUUUGAACCUGAGAGAGAAGAAAUUAUGAAGGAGAUUAUCGUAUGGUUGAGUCAGAGGUUAUGAGGUUGUUGAGGACUCGAGCAGUGACUCGUCCAGAAGAGGGGGAUAUUAAGUCCAUUGAGGGCUUUACGUUAGAGGGAAGACUUUGAACUGAGCAUAAUAAAUUUCAGCUCAUUAUUAAACUUGGCGAAGUUUGCACUUUUAGGUGUUAUGUCAUAUAAUAUAUGGGUCAUUUGGCAAAGCAUUAGCUAUCCGUCGAUGUUCAAUUUCGUGUUUGUGAUUUAUCAAUUCCCUCCCCUCGGCUGAGGGAAGUUUAUUCUGUGGAGCUUUGAGGUGGGACUUCGUCCUCGCCA